CUCCGCCACUAUUUAGAAUUACUUUGUUCAAAAAUUAUGUGCCCAUAGCAUCACAUGGGCCUUUACCUAGUUACCUACUAACUUCGGCUUUGUUUGCAAAAAUUAUCAGGUGUACAUGUGUACACCCAUGUCCUAUGCUGGGUCUGCCCUUGCUUUGUUCAUCAAUGAUUUGGGACGCACAGUAGUAAUGUGUUGGGACGAAAAGCAAUUGCGGCACAUUUUGCUACAUUUGGAAUGAUUUCUGCCAAUGCUGAAGCCAGCAGCUAUCUACAAGUGCUUCAGCAGUGCCAACACCACCCUCUCAACAAGUUCCUCUUGUCACAAAAGGACAACACUCAGCAUCAUGGCAAAGGCUGUCAUUUUAGGCCGUAGCAGCAGUGUGCCAAGAUCAAAUGAGGACUUGCGAAUCAUAUUGUCAGCAGUUGUCGGCAUUAUGCUUGGGUACUUGUUUGGCAUUUCCUUCCCUACAGUUAAUAUAACAAAGCUUCACUUCCCUUCCAGCAUUAUCUCCUAUAUUGAAGAUAGAAACUCUGGCAUUACAACCCAAACAUUAUUGAACCAUGCAUGGACGUCUGCUGCUAGUCAUAAGAAGAACAAUUCAGUUUCUAACCUGGAUGAAAUUCUGAAGAUUUAUGUACCAACAAACCCUAAAGGUGCUGAAAGGCUCCCACCUGGCAUUGUUGUAUCUGAAACAGACCUUUAUCUCCGGAUAUUGUGGGGUGAGCCUAGUGAGGAUCUUACUAGCCAACCAAGAUACCUUGUCUCAUUUACAGUUGGAUACUCCCAGAAGGCAAAUAUUGACGCAGCGAUAAAAAAGUUUUCAGAGAACUUCACAAUUAUGUUGUUCCACUAUGAUGGCCGGACCACAGAAUGGGAUGAAUUUGAGUGGUCAAAAAGAGCUAUCCAUGUCAGUGUCAGAAAGCAGACUAAGUGGUGGUAUGCCAAACGGUUUUUGCAUCCUGAUAUUGUUGCUCGUUAUGAUUACAUAUUUAUCUGGGAUGAGGACCUAGGUGUCAAUCAUUUUAAUGCAGAGGCGUACAUUGAGCUUGUUAGGAAGCAUGGGCUGGAGAUCUCUCAGCCUGGUUUGGAGCCCGACAAAGGUCUGACAUGGGAAAUGACUAAACGCAGAGGUUAUUCGGAAGUCCACAAAGUAACUGAGGAGAGGCCGGGCUGGUGUACGGAUCCCCAUCUGCCACCUUGUGCAGCAUUCGUUGAAAUUAUGGCAACUGUGUUCUCAAGGGAUGCAUGGCGCUGUGUAUGGCAUAUGAUUCAGAAUGACUUGGUUCAUGGAUGGGGUCUCGAUUUUGCUCUUAGGAAAUGUGUGUAGCCAGCCCAUGAAAAGAUUGGAGUUGUUGAUUCCCAGUGGAUUGUUCAUCAAGUUAUUCCAUCACUUGGUAACCAGGGCAAGGCAGAGAAUGGACAAGCUCCGUGGGAAGGGGUAAGAGCACGCUGUCGACAAGAAUGGGGAAUGUUUCAAACAAGAGUGGCAAAUGCUGAGAGAGCCUAUUACUUGGAGCACAGGAUCACACCCCCAAAUUCGACAGGAGCUUAGCUGAGUACAGGCGCCUCAGCAGUCAUAGAAAGGUUUCUGUUUUGGGAACCUGGCACCUGAAUGACUGGUAUUCUCCUCACAUCGAAGCUCGGCUCCAUGGUGAUGCAAUUCCACUGCCAGAUUUGUACAGGCAGCCUCGAAUCCUCCUUUUUUUUAUCCUUUACUUAUUUUCUUAGCCCUGUUAACUUGGUUUCAGUCGUAGUGAAACUAGCUCGUAUGUAAGUAACCGAUUCAGCACAGAUAUUGAAUUCUUGAUGUCCACACUAGUACUUCUUCCCCCCUUGUUAACCUGACGCACGUUGGCAA